CCCAGACGGUCUGACAGAUGAUUGACAGCAGCGCAUCGUCUUACUAUUGUGUACAUAAACUUUGAUCAGUGUGUGUCAGUGUAAUGACUGCUGUGAUCAAACUCCUCUCCCCCUGGAGAUUUGACCGACUAGCUCGAGCGUCAAAGUCUGCAUUGAUCCCGUGUGUUCAGCUGCACAGCACCGGUGCAUUAAUGGGAGCAUCAGUAGAAGAUUUCAACAGAGCCAAGGAUCAGCUUGGCACCUUGAAGAAGGACCCUGGAAAUCAGGUCAAACUCAAGAUCUAUGCACUCUUCAAACAGGCCACUCAGGGUCCCUGCAACACCCCUAAACCGGGCAUGCUUGACUUUGUGAACAAAGCGAAAUGGGAUGCCUGGAAGAGUCUGGGGUCUGCGUCACAGGAAGGGGCCAGACAGCAGUAUGUGGAGCUCAUCUCAUCUCUGGUGGGAGCUGAAGCCCCUACAGUGGCACCACAGACUUCUGGAGUCACAAAGAGCUUCCAGACCCUGCUGGUCAGCACAGAGGACAACAUCACCACCAUCCGCCUCAACAGACCUGAGAAAAAAAAUGCCAUCACUGUGGAGAUGUACAAUGAGUUGAUUGAAGCUUUGGAUCUAUCUGGAAAAGAUGAUUCUGUCAUUACAGUGAUGACAGGCAAUGGAGAUUACUACUGCAGUGGCAAUGACCUGAACAACUUCACUAAGAUCCCUGAGGGUGGUGUAGAGAAAAUGGCUAAAGAAUCUGGGGAGUUACUCAAGAGGUACGUGAAGGCGUACAUUGACUUCCCCAAACCUCUGAUUGCUGUUAUAAACGGGCCGGCAGUGGGUGUGUCAGUUACCCUGUUAGGACUUUUUGAUGUUGUUUAUGCCACUGAGAGGGCGACGUUUCACACACCUUUCAGUCAGUUGGGUCAGAGUCCAGAGGGCUGCUCCUCAUAUGUUUUCCCUAAAAUCAUGGGUGCAGCAAAGGCCAGUGAGAUGUUGUUGUUUAAUAAGAAGCUGACAGCCACACAGGCCUGUGAACUGGGGCUGGUGACUGAGGUCUUUCCUGAAAACACAUUUCAGUCUGAGGUGUGGACCAGACUGAAGGCAUACGCCAAACUGCCCAGAAACUCUCUGGCCCUGUCGAAGCAGCUGAUCCGCGGGGUGGAGAAAGAGAAACUUCACGCUGUUAACGAGGCAGAGGUGGAGAGACUGGUGGAGCGCUGGCUCUCAGAGGAGUGUAUGCAGGCCAUCAUGAGCUUCUUCCAGGACAAGUCCAAACUGUGAGGAGAAGACAGGAAGUUCUCCUCUUUAGUGUCUUCAGAAAAUCAGAGCAACAUUCUGCCUUCUUUGAACACAGUGUCUUUUUUAUUAACAUGGAACCACUCUAGUUUGCAAUAGUUUUUCAUACUACACAUACUGUAUCAGUUUUUAAGAUAGAGUCCCCAUAUCAUUAAGGUAAUCUAUACAGUCCAUGAUUGUAUAGAAGUUUUGGAUUAUGCAUGUAAUGUACACAUCAUAAAAGGACAUUUAAUUUAGCUAUCAUGUUAUAUGUUUGUUUUAUGAAAGACCAUAUAACAUAUUUUAAAAGAAAGAUAAACGGUCUGUUCCAUGUACAAGAUGUGCUCUCAGUAGGUUGUAAAACUCAGUGCCUUAUUAAUAUAACAUACUUGGCAGUAAUUACGCUACUGUAUUUUUCACGAGGGCCAAAAUAUCAGAUGUAUCAAUACAUUAGUUACUUUGUAUAGUUCUGUGACAUAGUUUUUUCCCUGAAUACAGUUUUAGUAGCUACUUAAAACUUA